CGUCGUGACAUUGUUUAGCCAUCAGUCUCGAAAAUGGCGGCCGUAUUGGACGAGGUCGGCAAAUCUGCCGAAAAGCUUGUAGACGAGGAAAAGAACGAGAUCGUCGACGAGGAGGACGAGACUGGCGCGGUCGAGGCCUCGAAGAAGAAGAAGAAGAAGAAAAAGAAGAAGAAGGCCGGUGCUGGAGAGGCUAGUGCAGAUGUUCCAGAGGGGGAAGAGAAUAAAGUUAAGGAUGAUGAUGCACUUGCCGAAGGUUCCACAGAGAUAACUGAGAACGAUGGAGAAAAUGAGGAAGCUAAGAAGAAAAAGAAGAAACGCAAGCCCCGAGGCAAGGGUGGUGUAAAGCAGCAAACGGAUCCGCCAACUAUUCCCGUGUCAGAAUUAUUCCCCGACGGUAAUUUCCCGAUAGGGCAGAUAAUGGAUCAUCCAUCCGCUGCUGGAAUAGACGACAGAAUGGCGAAAAAUCGCUUCACCAGUGAAGAGGCGCGCGCCCUCGACAGAAUGCAUAAUGAUAUCUACAACGAAGCCAGACAGGCAGCCGAGGCGCAUCGACAAACCCGCAAACACAUUAUGAAGUGGGUGAAACCAGGAAUGACUAUGAUAGAGAUUUGUAACGAGCUGGAGGAGACCGCUCGAAAGUUGAUAGGCGAGGAUGGUCUCAAGGCUGGAUUGGCAUUCCCGACUGGUUGCUCCCGCAAUCAUUGCGCAGCUCAUUAUACUCCAAACGCCGGGGAUCCAACCGUUUUAGAGUACGAUGACGUCACAAAGAUCGAUUUCGGUACACACAUCAACGGGCGUAUCAUCGACUGUGCGUUUACCUUGACAUUUAAUCCAAAGUAUGACAAGUUGAUCGAGGCUGUUCGUGACGCUACUAAUACUGGUAUCAAGGCUGCCGGAAUUGACGUGCAAUUGUGCGACGUCGGUGCUGUUAUCCAAGAAGUAAUGGAGUCUUACGAAGUGGAACUGGAUGGUAGAACUUAUCCGGUGAAAUCGAUUAGGAAUCUGAAUGGUCAUUCUAUCGCACCUUAUCGCAUACACGCCGGGAAAACAGUGCCGAUAGUCCGAGGUGGUGAGGCAACUCGAAUGGAGGAGAACGAAUUUUACGCAAUCGAAACCUUUGGAUCUACCGGCAGAGGUCUCGUUCAUGACGAUAUGGAAUGUUCGCAUUAUAUGAAAAGCUUCGAUGCCGGUUUUGUGCCAUUGAGGUUGCAGAGCAGCAAGUCUCUUCUCAAUACUAUCAACAAGCAUUUCGGUACUUUGGCUUUUUGUAAGCGUUGGUUGGAUCGCGUCGGUUGCACCAAAUAUCAAAUGGCGCUGAAGGAUCUCUGUGAGAAAGGUGCCGUGGAAGCGUAUCCGCCAUUGGUCGACGUCAAGGGCUGUUAUACCGCUCAGUUCGAGCACACUCUCGUUCUACGUCCCACGUGUAAAGAAGUAAUUUCCCGCGGAGAGGAUUAUUAAUAAAUCAAUAAAUCAAUAAAUCAUCGUUGUGUUUUAUAUCACUAUCGAAUGUGUCAAGAUAUAUCUUAAGCUCGAUGUAACAUUUUCAAAACAUUAUCUCGUUCGAUCUGUAUGCGGUGAUGCGAACGGUAGACGCGUGAAUAAGAAUUGUAAUCAUGUAAUACGUUUCAGCGUACGACAUUUCGAAAUGUUAAUAUAUAUAAUUUUACUUUUCCGAUUGAUAAAAAACAAAAUUGCAAGCUUCGACAAAUGAUGAAAACGCAAUCGACGCGCUUUCUAUUUUUAUUUCUUAAGCAUCAAAUGUGAAUUUCUAUUCCUUUAAACAUCAAAUGUUUCCAUAUCAUGGAAAAACGUUGAAAAAAGUCGAGAUAUACUUCUACAUUUUCUUUCCUUUUUUUUUUUUAAUGUUUCGUAAUGUUUUUUUUAAUAUACGGAUAUAUGCUUCGAAAGGAUCGGUAAUUUAUAUUCGCUGUAACAUUUUUUAAAUCUUUAUUACUGUUUCUUACAUUUUUACGCUAAAAUGAAAAUGACGGGAAUGGUGUGUUUAAUAUUGAAUAAAAUAUAUUUGGAAUUCGAGAUUUAUAUCAUUGCGAUAGUCCUGAAUAUCGUGUAAUUAAGAUUUUAAUGUUAGAACGAUAUAAACAUAGAAUCUAGUACAUACAUGUGACAACUGUACAAAAGGAAAACGAAAGUAUUCUCCAUUUGUGGCUUCUCUAUAUCCAUUUGUGAAUCUCUAUAUGUCGAUAUAUUUCCCUACGCAUUUUAAAAGCGCGAAUUAUAUGUUAUAUAAAGUUUUCGUGGAUUUAUCGGUUAAAAUUAAAGAUGUAACAAAUUCAUGUCUUAUAUUAUUUUAUAAUCCUAAGAGGCUGCGCGUGUUUUCGCAAGAUUCUUUAAACAAUGAAUCAUGAGAUGUAAUAGCAUUGACGUUGAUUCGACAUUUAAAUACGGCUC